ACCCGUGUCCCUGACCGGGAAUAUUUAAGUUUAAAUGGAUAGAUUUAUUUCAACAAAUUAUUAGCUAAUAUUCAUUCAAGGUUCACCGGAAAACGUAGAUUUACUUUAACUAUAAAUAAUACUACUACUCAGCUAUACCACGCUAAACAUGAAUAACUUUUAAGUAAAAGUUUAUGAGUAUUGACAGAUAACCUUAGAAAAUUAAGUGGGCAAUUAUUAAUAGUGAAAAUCAACUAAAAAUAAUUUUAAUUAGACAUUUGUACAGUGUAAAUAGUGCAAAAUGUUGCGCAUGAUACAAGCUAGUCCCAUACUAGAUAAAUUAAAACAUUUCCAGCAAGUGUUAUCAUACAGAAUUCAGCUGACAACUUCACAAAAGGUUGUGCUCUGGAGUUUAGGAGUUGUUGGGACGAGUGCUGUCGUAGUCGGGGUACUGUCAAGGUAUCUUGCAAGGCGACGUGCAAAGCCAAUUUUUAAUCCUAGAAUCCAGAGAGCCAUUAAUAAAAGGCUAUCAAGAAUGAGAAGUCCCAAUGGAGGUAUGGGAUCAGUAGCCAGUAGUGGAGGACGCAGUAGCCCACUUGGAUUCAGUGAAAGGCUUUCAAUGGCUUCUGGGUCAAUUGGUUCGGGUGGUGGUGAUGCUGCGCCCCUCUCACCUCAGCAGCUUGGUGUAAUGGGUAUGGAGGCGUUAGAAACAAGUAUCAACUAUUGGGAAGACGCGCUGGCCGCGUUCUCCGUGGGCGCGCGCGGCGGAGUGACCGGCACUCUCGCACUCACCUCGCCCGAGGAGGCAGAGUUCUGUCGCGAGAUACAGGACCUGCUGCAGAACGCUUAUUUGUUGCAAGAGCGUUGUGAGCUGUUGUUCCUCGACCAACGGUCCGUGUUGUUCCGGUCGGAGAGCGGCGGCGGUGCGGCGGAGAGCUCGGCGGGGCGCCGCACGCGCCUGCUGUCGUCGCACACGGCGUCCGAACACACGCGCAAGGAGCACCACUCCAGCGCCGAGUCCUUCGCUUCCGCUGAGGAUCAGGUAGCAGAUCUCAGAGAGUUUGACGACUUAACAGAAUCAGUUGCUGAACUAGAAAACUUGGAAUUGUAUCAGACGGCGGUCAAACAGUUUGAACAAGGAAUUCCUUACAGAACUCUCCGCACCGAGGUGGUGCAGUGCGGCUCGGAUACGGAGUUCCUGUGCAAGCUGCAUUGCUUACGGCUCGGUUUCCAGCACGCGUUGCAGGACGCGAGUGUGCGCGCCUGGUUCGUGGACGCGGGCCGGCAAGUACUCACGGACCUUUUGCUGUUUGCGGACAAAGAACCAAAAGAAUUUCUAGUUGCUUACGAAGAAAUGGUGUCAUGGACGAACGAUCCCGCUAACUGGUCAGCCAUUGAGGCAGAAUUGAAAAGUAAAGGUGUUAAAGUGGUAUCGUUCUACGACGUGGUGCUAGACUACAUUCUACUAGACGCGUUCGAGGACCUCGCCUCGCCGCCCGCCUCCGUGCUCGCCGUGGUGCGCAACCGCUGGCUCUCCGACGGGUUCAAGGAGAGUGCACUAACUACAGCAGUGUGGUCGGUCAUAAAGGCCAAGCGGCGGUAUCUGCAAUAUCCAGAGGGGUUCAUGGCGCAUUUCUACUCGAUAUCAGAACAUCUGCUGCCCGUACUAGUGUGGGGGUUCCUUGGGCCAAGGGAGCGGUUGAGGGACGUUUGCGAGACCUUCCAGUCAGAGAUAGUAGGCUUCAUAGCAGACUUGUUCAGCUUCCAAAAGUGUAGAUAUACGACCGUGGACGAGUUCACUGUUGACAUCAUGCAGCACGCUCGCUCCAGGUUUGCCAACAUCACAGACAAACUCGCCGAGCGGAUUUAAACUAGCUAAAUUAUGCUCUUACAUACUAAGCAAAUGUCUUAAGUUGAGCGUGUAAGAGUUCCGAGCUUUUAUUUCAUACAAAACAGCAGAAAAGUUGUUAUUAACACUUGACUUCAAUCACAUUUUCAAGAAGUACUCAAAAAGCGACUCGUUCGGCGCGUGCCGCUUACUGAUCAAUAUUUAUGUUAAUUACUUAGAUCAAACUAUGUAUAUGAAAUAGAAUAAAGAAACGUAUAUCGUCACAAAAUAGAAGUUGUACAGUCUUAUUACCUCUUUGAAAUAAAAUUAUGUUCACUUUUAGAUUAAGUUUGAAAUAAAUAUUAUUUUCAAUCCAAGCUAAAGUAGAUCUUAAUUCAAAGUGGUGUAAGUCUUAUUUAGGGCAGGGACAACGCUAGCACAAAAUUGCUCGCGAAAAUUCUCUUAUAUUCACGCAGAUGAUAUUGAAGCAGCAAAUUUAGCUCUAGAUUUGUCCUUGACCUACCUAAGUGGUCACAUUUCAAAUAAUUGUUGAAGUACGACAUUCCGUUUGCAGUUAGGCUUCGUCUCCACUGAUAGACAAGUUGGCGAGUUUGAUGUUUUGUUCUUUAACUACAUACUUACUCGUAGAAUCUCUGCUACUGUGCUAUCACGGCUCGGCUGGUGUUACUUUGGUAACACUUUUCCUGUCAGUCGCCGACUCAAAAGCCGUAGUAAUCUAGGUGCUAAAUAUUUGUAUAUUUUAUAUCUUUUGUUAAGCAUUUACUUCUAAGCUUAAGUAGAUAAAUUGAUCGCAACUUCUAACUUCUCAGUAUUAAUAAAUCGAUCAUUGAGGCUUUAAGCCUCAUCUCAUCACUCAACCGAUUUCAACGAGAGCAUCUUAAUUUGCAAAUCGAGAAAUUAAAUACAACUUGAUACUUAUCACAAUGCCAUAAAGUGCAAUUCAGCUCGCUCAGCGCUGCUGCGGACUAAAAUUAACGUUUCUUUCUAUCGCGUAAACUCUUCUCUCAUAAGAUUGAGCUACGCGAAUGCCGUCGAAUGGUGGGAUGUCGUUUGUUCGCUGCGCUCCGCGAUGGGCCUUGUGUGUAUGGAGUGUAGAGCCAAGGAGCACGAUCUCCAAUAUAGUGUCCAUUAAAAUGUGCUACAUAAGGGUGGCGCUACAGUAGAUCUAGGUUUUAAAAAAGAGCGGUAAAAUAGAGAAACUACGUAACGUAAUUUGUUGUGGAUGAUAUACUGGACUGUCACUAACUAUAAGCGUGCUUUAAGCCCUGGUCAUGUUGUGCGACCAUCUAGGGUUACAAUAGAAUCAAAAUGUGGUUAAAUGAUUUAUUAAUUAGAUUAAAAUUCUAAAAUAUUGUAAUCUGUUUUGGUUGCCGUAUAAAAUAACUAGUCUAUACUCUAGUCACUAAAAAUAUUAAAUUUACUAACUCAGCAUAGGUACUUCAAUCCGUUAAAUUUUUCAACUCUGCAUACUUCACUCCUUUGACAACUGAUACUUUCAUGCCGUUACCU